ACAAUCUAAAGAGAAAUCUAGCACACUUUUUGUUAUUCAUGAUGAAUAUUAUGAAGCUCAAUUACUUAAUUACUAGUGCCCUCGGUCAUAAAGCCCUUCAUCUAAAGACUGUCACCGUACUCGAUCUUGGACGCUUCUCCUCGACCUGCUACGAUUGGGAGUGGCUUGACAGCGCGGAGCUGCUCGAAGAACUGCAUCUUACCUUUGCAUCCUCACUACCACCUACUCCCACCUCGCCCACCACGCCCACAUCACCAUCCACCCCUAAAGGUGCGACGGCCACACCCUUCCCUGCGAUCAGCCCGAUCUACGAAGACAUUCCGGAGAGGUUGGAUCCUUCGGCCGCUGACAAAGUAUCAGGGGAGGAGGACUUCCAUCUGCAGGUCUCCGUUGGCAGGCUGGUGAUGACAAGGAUGUCUUCCUGCAGCUUGUCUGUGAUGUUGCAUCUGCCUAAACAUCUGAAAGAUGAGUUGCGUCAUGUACGAGUCCGUUCAACCAAGCUGACUGUUGACGUACUAGACCGCCUCGCCGAUGUUCGCCUAUCUUUCAAGCACCUCGCGCCACUGUCUCUGCAGGCACUGUACCGAAGACCUGUCAAGUACGGGUGCAUAUUUCAACCAGGCGCGAUAAAGCCCGUCGUGGGACAGUGGGACUGAACGAACAUAAACCAGGCACAUCGCAAUGAAUUUCCAGGCCAAAUUAUGUAUGGGUGACCCGACACUUUGCACCUGCGACCUUUUUUUCUGGCAUUUAUUUCGUAAACGAUUGAUGGUCAG